GGCUUGGCGGGAGGUUGAGAUUUCUUGUCCUUGAUUUCUCCUUUGAGAGAAGCUUGAGGAUCACCACUACUAGCAAAGUUGAUGCAAAAAGAAAGGAGGGCAGGAGACCAUCUCUCAGCCAUUGAAGGAUGGCCAUUGGAGUGGGACAUCCAAUCCUCUGACAUAGUCAAUCGGCAACAUUAUUCGAGCCCAUGACACAGUCAACCAGCCUCUUGCCUUCAGUAUUGGCUGACUCGUGAAUAACCCAAGAUUGUUUAAAUGGUCACAAUACAGGACCACGCCUGGAGAAAACGUCAAAUCUUUUCUGGGUUUUCUUUCGUCCAUAUAUAAAGAUCGAAGGCCGACAUAAUUUGAUCAACCUCGUGGGCCAAUUCCAGCACACAACUUCUCUCUCUCUCUCACUUCCUCUUUCGAGAGCCGCCACCCAGCAGACAGGAAAGAGGAAAACAUGGGCAAGAGACUCUAUGCUCUGCUCGGAAGAAACCCGAAGGCUCCCAAGCUGAAGACCCUGGCCAGCCUCGCCAUCGCCCGGAUCCCCAUACUGAAGAACCUGCACAGUGUCCGGUGUUCCCACGCCCGGUCUGACGUAGUCCAGCUACUCAACCUCGGACACCUAGACAGCGCUCUCCUUCGCGUUGAGCUUGUGAUCAGGGAGCAGAACAUGCUGGAUGUUCUUGUUAUGGUAGAAAAGUACUGCCAUCUCCUGAUAGAGGGAUUGCUGCUCGUUGAAAACAAUAGGGAAUGCCCUGAGGAGCUCAAUGAGGCCAUAUCUAGCUUGAUCUUUGCAGCUUCGAGAUGCAGAGAACUCCCAGAGCUCCAAGAGAUUCGAAUGAUCUUCAGCUCGAGAUAUGGGAAUGAAUUUGUUGCUCGUGCUAUUGAACUGAGAAACAAUUUCAGAGUGAAUCUUGAGAUGAUACAGAAGCUUUCAAAGAGACAAGCAAGCUUGGAAACAAGGAAAAAAUUGCUGAAGCAAAUUGCUUAUAACGGGAUCAAUCUCCAUCUUGACGACAAUGAUUAUACGACUGCAGUGGAGAAACAAGACAUGAAUAAAAAUGAUGAGCAGCUUAAGCCUAGUGAAGCUGCUAAGUUGAAUGAUACCAAGGCAGGCGUAUACGAGAAAGGAGGACUAGAGAGAAGUUUCUCUAGUUCAAGUUUGAACACAGAUGCUGAGGAUCUGUAUGAUGUAACCUGGACAGCAUAUGAUCUAGAUCGGACUGCAUCUCCGAGCGAUGAGGAAAUAGAUCUUGACCAAAGUGACGAGGAGACUGGGAAGAAUCAAAACAGCAUGCCAUGGUUGGAGCACCAUGGCCCGGGUUCAGAAAAGAAGUAUAAUGAAGUUGCAGAUUACAGCUUCUCAGAUACGAAGGGAUAUAAACCCCAUAGCGAAGCUGAUCUCUCGACAUAUUCUGUGGAAGGAAGAUCUGGUUUAGGAAAUACGCAUUACUUGAAAGGUGAAAAGAGCGUAUAUACACGGACCACAGCAUUCAAACGCAGAUAGGAGGCCAACUUCAAUUACUUACAGAAUAGAACACAGCUGGGACUAGGACAUAUGUGAAGCUUGAGACUUCUUCAAAGCUCACAACUUCUUCUCACUUUCCUUCUUUCAUUCAUUUGUUCAGACAUCGAGUGAUUGCAGCAGUGCAUUUUCUUGUACUUCACAGAUUUCCUUGCUCUUUCACAAGAGUGUUUUGAAGGGCUCUUCUGGCUAAAAGUCUUGGAAGCAGUAUACUCCAACCAUAAACCUCACUAGAAUCUGUUGCGCUUUUCUUUCUGUUUUAGUAACAGAGAAAAGGUGAGUAUGAAAAUACGAGUUAAAAACUA